AUGAGCGCAGUUCGUUCCUUUUGUGAAGAGAAGCAUUUCCCCCAGAGCAGGAUUUCUUCCAUGGUCAAGUCAGUGAGCAUGGGGUUUGUUCCUGCAAGGCGAACUUCCAGACACUAUCCGUUCAACAACUUCGAUGAAUCUUCGUCUGAACCUCUCCGUGAAAACGAGUUCAGCAUUGCUGCCAACGAUGCCUGGAAAGGGAUCGCAAUGCUUGCACACUGCGCGCAGACCGUAGAGAACGAAUCCUUGUCGAAUGCAGACGAAGACUUGAACUCGCGCAGCUUCGAUGCAAACUACAGUCGCAAGGACAAGUCUCUCGGCUUACUUUGCGACAAGUUCCUUCAGGAGUAUUCUUCAGCUUCUGAGAUUUGUUUGGACGUGGCAGCAAAGAAAUUGGGAGUAGAGCGAAGAAGAAUCUACGAUAUUGUUAACGUCCUUGAGAGCGUAGAGGUGGUCUCUAGGAAGGCAAAGAACUGCUACGCAUGGUACGGAAUUACGAGAUUGCCGUACGCACUUCAGCGACAACACGCUAUGGGCCCUCCGGACAAUGAAAAGAGCGACGACGAUGACAAUACAGACAACAGCGAUCCGGACAAUGUAAGGGAAAACUCACAGGGCAGCUCCAAUAAUAACAAUCGCCGGCCCUCGAGAAGGGAGAAGUCACUUGGGGUUCUAAGCCAGAAAUUUGUCCGAAUUUUCCUGCAUGCACACAGGGGGGUCGUUUCGUUGGAAUCUGCCGCAAGAAGACUGAUGAACAAGGCCUCAAUCGAUGAGAACAGAUUGAAGACCAAGAUUCGCAGACUCUACGACAUAGCCAAUAUUCUGUGCAGCCUAAACCUCAUCGAGAAGACGCAGAUGCCUGAUGGAAGCAGGAAGCCGGCUUUCAAGUGGAAAUUUCAGUUCAACCAAAUCCCAGAGCCUGCACAGAUUCUGGUUCCUCAAGCUAACAAGAAGAGGAGCACAAUGAGCUCGGAGGCAGAGAUUGUUUCAAACAAGAAGGGAAAAGUCAAAGUGGAAGGAAUGGAAAUAUCCGACAUUCGGGCAAACAUUGGUGAAGGCAGUCUCGAUACCAAGAAUGACGCGACGAGAGUGCUCGAAGAGAGAACGACAUCUUCCGCCUCCAUGUCUGACGAGGCAGCUGUGGGUGUUAAGGAGCCUGGAAACCUCUCAUCGUCCGCAAGCACCAGGGCGCCUUUGAGCUACAACGAGCUGCAGAAGGAGGUGAUGAAGAAGAUGUCAAACUCCAACGCCGUGGGCCUCUCGGCGAUCAUCGACGAGACGUUGGAGAGCAUGGGGCUGGCAGGUCUGAUCGACUCACCACGGAACAUGCAGCAGUGCAUGCAAGCUUACUUUGCCAAGAUGUCAGGAAUGCCCAACUGGACUGCAGAUGAAAAGAAGGAGGGGAUGGCGGUAGAGAGGGAGGGGCCGAGCACGUUCGAGACUUCGGACAGCUCGGAGAACGAUAGCAGGCCGUCUAGGAUGUAG